AUGCCUACCCCGCUCGAUCGAGCUUUGAAUUCCAAGAACCUCUUCCUUGGGUUUGCGGGCAUGGUCACAGCAGUAGCGGCCUAUUCAAUCUGGGGCUCCGAUGUGUUUCCCGCCGAAACCGAUCCCACCGGAAAUCCUGAAAAUUGGACAGCCGAAGAUAUGAGACGAUGGCUUCGGGCACGAGGGCUCAUGCCACAUGAGAAUGCGACGCGGGACGAGUUGCUGGAGCGAGUCAAAGCCAAUCUGCGCAUUCCGCGCAAGUCGGCCCCAGCAGCGUGA